AUGGAAGAGGCCAUGGAUGGUGGAGUCAGGUUUAGUUCCUUACGUUUCAUCAGUGAUCAUGUUGGAUUUCAGGGCACCAUAAAAACCUCACCAAGUGACUUCAUUGUUGUUGAGAUUGAUGAGUGGGGACAGUUAGUUAACAAGGCCCUUGAUGAAGCUGUUUAUGAAACUAGUAAAAUAGAGCCCGAGCCAUGUCAUUCUGUCAAAAAGCCAAAGCUAAAUAUCCAGAAUGUGUCCAUCGAACAUGAAAGCCACGGAGAAGCAUCACCUGCCGCGACUAGGUACGCGGACCGUGACCAGGAUCACGAGGCUGGCUCAGAAAACGAAGGCAGUGUCAAUGGUGUGACUUCUGAGUGUGAGAAAGGAAGUGCUGGUUUAUUACGUUCACUUUUAGAUGAAAAAACCCACACAUUGCUGGAUCGGUUUGCCAGUGACGUCAAAGGGAUGUGGAGUUCAAAAACCGAGUUGACAGAACCAUCCCUUGCGCUCUCGCUAGGCAAGGUUCUUGAUAAAAAGCAAAGGGCCGCUCUGCACAGCGCUGUCAGGCAGGAGUUCCCUUUCCUGAUAACGGCAGGAAGCAACGCCGAGGUAGUCGUGAAACCGAGUCCUGAGUAUAAAGAACUCUGCCAUUUGGUGUCGGAAGAAGAAGCACUUGGUUUUUUCAAAUAUUUGGAUGCAAGGAAGGAAAACUCCAAGUUUACCUUUAAACCGGAUACAAACAAAGACCACAGGAAAGCAGUGCACCAUUUUCUCAACAAGAAGUUUGGGAACCUGGUGGAAACCAAAUCUUUCCCUGGGCGGGAUCACAGUGCCGGGAACCCGAACACGGCGGCCAUAACCGUGAGGUUCCGGGAGAAGGCACGUGGGAAGAGAUCUCGUCUUGAAUGUGAGAGAAGAAAAGCUGUCUGUACAGCUUUUACCCUACAAAAGGAAAAUCUGGAGAUGUUUGAAGCAAUUAGCUUUUUAGCCGUCAAACUUGGUGUCAUUCCUUCAGAUUUUAGUUACGCGGGCCUUAAAGACAAGAAAGCAAUCACCUAUCAAUCAAUGGUUGUUAGAAAAGUGACUCCAGGGAGGUUGAAAAAUAUUGAAAAAGAAAUUAUGAAGAAGAGAAUGAAUGUGUUUAAUAUUCGGCCUGUAGGUGAUUCUCUCAGACUUGGUCAGCUCAAAGGAAAUCACUUUGAAAUUGUCAUCAGAAAUCUAAAAAAUCAAAUAAAUGAUUCUGCAAGCCUGAGAGAGAGAAUUUUGGAGGCAAUAGAAAAUGUUAAGAAUAAAGGUUUUGUGAACUACUAUGGACCACAGAGAUUUGGGAAAGGAAAGAAAAUUCAAACAGAUCAAAUUGGACUGGCUUUACUGAGGAAUGAAAUGGUGAAAGCCAUAAAAUUAUUUCUCACACCGGAAGACAUGGAUGAUCCUGUAAAUAAAGCCAAGAAAUACUUUCUUCAAACUGAGGACGCCAAAGGCACGCUUUCACUGAUGCCUGAGUUCCGAGUUCGAGAGCGGGCUCUGCUGGAGUCAUUGCAUCGCUUUGGCAUGACAGAGGAAGGCUGUGUCCAGGCCUGGUUCUCCUUUCCUCAUUCCAUGCGGAUAUUCUACACCCACGCAUACAGCAGCAGGGUUUGGAAUGAGGCUGCAUCUUACAGACUUGAAGCCUAUGGGACCAAGGUGGUGAAGGGCGACCUGAUCUGCUCGGAUGAAGACGCUGGCGAGCAUUUUCCAAGCAGUAAAGUUCAUCUGGUGACAGAAGAGGAGGAGUCAGCUAACACGUAUACGGUACACCAGGUGGUCCUGCCAGUACUUGGAUACAACGUUCAGUACCCAGAGAACAAAGUAGGGCAGUGGUACCAUGGGGUCCUCAGCAGGGACGGGCUGCAGGCCUCCAGGUUUAGGGUGCCUGCCCUGAAGCUGAAUGUACCAGGAUGCUACAGGCACAUCUUGAAACGCCCCCACAACGUGUCACACCGACUAGUCCGUCCUGACCCUGAGGUUGAAGUGGAAGGUUCCCACGCUGAUGACGCAAUGCCAUCUCUGUCCCUGUCCUUCGAUCUUGACGCUUCGUGUUAUGCUACAGUUUGCCUGAGGGAAAUGAUGAAGGGUGACAUUUAAACCAGCACACCUGAGAAGAGGGUAACCGUGGUCCCUAGGGCCCUGGAUUGAGCUUUGGGACUGUUGACUCCCUUGACUUUCACGGUAUCCCGAGAAGUUGGAAUUUGAUGUGUUAAAGUAGACACAUCAUCUCAGUUUAAAGCUACGUGACCACGGUCUUUAAGGUCCUACUUCAGGAGUUUUUGCUCCAGUCAUGAAAGUCACAGGUCUUUGGAGCACUGCGGUGAGUGCUGGCUGCCG